AUGAUUGCCAGCGAGAGUUUUGGUGAUGGCAAGUCAAACGCCGGCCUAAUCUACAUACCCUGUGGCAUCUUCCUCGUCCUUUGUCCUCUACUGGUUGGCACUCGGUUGUGGUCGCGCAUAAGAAAAGGCGGCCAUCCUGGCGCCGACGACUACACCAUCCUGGCAUCAUUGGGUUUCUCUGUUGCGACGGGCAUACUCAUGUUUGUGGCAUGCCACUACGGCUACGGACAACACGGCUCCAUUCUCAAGCCGAACGACAAGGCUCAGGCUCUCAAGUACUUUGUCCUCACUCAAGUCUCCUACAAAGCAUCCAUCAACCUCACAAAGUCCUCGAUACUUCUCCUGUACAUGCGUAUAUUCGGCAAGAUCAAGUGGUUCCGAUGGGUUUGCACUUGUCUCAUCAUCACCAUUGCCAUGUACUGUGCUGCAUCGCUCGUCGUAACGAUAUUCCAAUGCCUGCCGGUCCAGCGUGCUUGGGACAAGGAUAUCAAGGGGACCUGUAUCGACAAUGGCAAGUUCUGGUAUGCCAACGGAGGAUUUUCAAUCGCAACCGACCUCUUGAUUCUUCUUUUGCCGAUGCCUCUGGUCUAUGCACUGCAGAUCCCGCGCGUCCAGAAAGCGGCACUAAUCCUUGUUUUUACUCUCGGGAUUUUUGUGGUCAUUACCUCAUGCUUGAGACUCACCACCCUCAAUCUACAAGCCCAAACCCCAGACCCGACUUUUGAUAUUGCCUCGACCAUGUGGACUGUCAUUGAGAUGAAUAUGGCCAUCCUGUGUGCGUGCCUACCCCAGAUACGGCCGAUUAUUGUCAAGCUCUGCCCCAAGCUCAUGGCAGCGUCCCAUUCAAAUGGACGCUCCGCCAGGCUCGCCUGCGACAACGACCUGCCAAAGUUGGCCAAGGGUAGCCCUCUAGGCAACGAAGAGAGCCGUUGGGCUCAUGCCCAGGGCAAAGAUGGCAUCCACUUGACAAAUAUUCGAAAGGGUGACACAAGCUCGGAGGAAUAUAUCCUUCAGGAUGAUAAGACCAUUCACAAGACAGUGGGCUACAGUGUCGAGUUUUCCAAGAAACGAUCCAAGGACACUCUCGAUUCUUGUGUCUGA